UAAUUCCGAAAAUGGUGAUUCUACAUGUGAAACGUGGUGAUGAUGAUUUGUUCCUUUACGAGACCAGUGUCAAUGAGGACACCAAUUCCGUAAUUCGCGACAUAACAGCCAUUUAUAAUGGACGCCUGAAAAUCGAAAGAAUUUGUAUGGAAAUGGAGGAGUUGGCUUCCCAUGGUACCCUACUGCCACCCGAAAUGAUGGGUCUAACCGAUGAACAAGUGGAGGAGCUGAAACUAAAAGAUGUUUGGGCCGAGAAAUGUAUACCAUCCGGAGGUUUCAUUUUCAACAAAGAUCCCAUUGGUCGCAGGAAUGGCCAACAGCCCAAAGAGAAAAUGCAAGAAGUUCUAAGGAAAUCGAUGAGUGAUGCCCGCAGCAUGAUUAAUAAAAAAUUGGUGCAGGCGAAAACCCCACUAACCCUCAAAACCAUAUCGGAGGCAUUAAAUCUCCUAAAGGGUGCAGUGACGAUUGUCUAUCCCAUGCAAUUACCACCACACGAUACAAUUCGUAUGGAAUUUAGCAAUACGGAAGAUUUAACGGGCACUCAGGCCUCGAAGGAAGUCAUUGAACCUUCUAAGGCUCAGCUAUGGUUUGCUGGUCGUUUAAUAUUGAAUGAUAAGAAGUUGAGCGAUUUUAUUGGCCGUCAUGAUAAAACUAAAGUUGUUGUCAAGUUAAAUCGUCACGGUGAAGGACCGCCAUCACGUGAACCUGUCAUAACGGAUGAGUUGCGAAAACGUAUGAUGGCCGAUGCCUAUCGUCGUCAGGAGGAAUUGAAAAAAUUGGAAUUGGAUGAAGAUGAUCAUUAUUUGAAUUCGAAUUGGGCUGAUGGUGGGCAUUUGAAGCGCCAGGUUCAUGGUUUGGAAAAUGUCCGAUUUCGAGUGGGCUGA